GCCACUUCGCGAUAUCGGCUCGCUCGCGUUACAUACGACGGAAACGCGGAAAUCGCGCGGAUUUCUUGAAGGAUCGGCGACGACGACCGCAGGUGUCUCGGCCUGACCCCGCGCCGCGGCGAAUACCACUGGGAACGCAUCCAUCUCGGCGGUUGACGUUAAAGUGUGUUUGAUCAUCCGUUCGGCGCACGCCACGACAAUAUUUUUAAAACAAGUAUUCCGCGUUGUGUUGUGUCGGAACCAACGUUGUUACGGCACCGCCGGAAGUCCGUAUGAAUAUUCAAGCGACGGUACGCGACGAGUUUCACGUCGCACGCUCGUAGACGUAGCGCGGAAUCAGCACGACGCGCGAUCUUCGGGAGGUUCUGUCUUCUUUCGCUCGUGUUUCCCGGGUUAUCGGCCGGAUGAGAAGGCGCGAGGCAGGUUAAAGCGCGCGGAGGAUUCCCGAAGAGGAGAUAUGUCGGACGAUUUGAACUCGACGUCGUCGCCGCCGUCGGCGUCCGAGCAGACACCGGUGGAUGGCAGGAACGAGGACCUCGCCAAGUGGGAAAUCGCACUGCUGACCAGCAUAUUUCUCAUCACCCUCAUCGGCAACACCCUGGUCCUGCUCGCGCUCUACGCCAGGAAACGUCGUCAGCGGCGCAAGUUCAGCAGGAUGUACUUCUUCAUCCUGCACUUAUGCAUCGCCGAUCUGUUGACGGGCCUGUUUGACGUCCUGCCGCAGCUCGCCUGGGACAUUACGUUCAGAUUUCAGGGCGGAGCGGUGCUCUGCAAGCUGAUCAAGUUCGGUCAGCCGUUCGGCAUCUACCUCAGCUCCUACAUCCUGACGGUGGCCGCGGUGGACAGGUAUUACGCCAUUUGCCACCCCUUCAGUUACUGCAGCGUCACGUCCAGGAGAUCGAAAAUGAUGGUGUACGUCGUCUGGCUGCUCGCCGUUGUGCUUUGCGUGCCGCAGGUCUUCAUAUUCUCGUAUCAGGAAAUUUCGCCGAACGUUUGGGACUGUUGGGCCACGUUUAACGUGAAGUACGGCGAGAGGUCUUACGUCACCUGGUACAGCGUGACGCAGUUCCUACUGCCUUUCAUCGUGCUCGUGUACACGUACACGAGGAUAUGCAUCACGAUAUGGACGAGCAAUAAGAUGUCGGGAGUGGUCGAUCUUAGAAAGGGCAACAAGGCCAGUUUCUCGCAACGGAAUCGCGACCCUUUCAUCUCAAAAGCGCUGAUCAACACCGUGAAACAGACGAUCAUCGUGGUCAUUCUGUACAUCGUCACCAGCACCCCUUUCAUCGGAUGCCAGCUCUGGGCGACAUGGGAUCCCGGAGCCGCGACCUCGCCGUUUCACACCGAAGCUGCCUUCACCAUUCUAUGUCUGUUAAAUAGUCUCACGAGUUGUAUUAAUCCUUGGAUUUACUUCGCGUUCAACAGAGAGUUGCGCUCUGCGUUGACGAACUUGUUCUUCAAAAGGAAGGAUUACUCGCCGGCCUACGACGCGGUCGCGCAACAGAACGCGUCGGACGCAGCUUCCACCACGUCGUCGUUUAUCUCCAGAAUCUCGCGACUCGCGAGUUCAAAGAUAUUUGGAUGAAAACGCACGAAAUAAAGUUUGCAUUUUGAGGAGGACUGUUUUGAAUAUAAAGAAUACACUGUGAAUAGUUGAUGCGCGACACACGCGCACAGAGACACACGUAUACUACGUGCGGCGGCAGAUGUGUAAACGCGUUCGAUACGACAUCGCGCAGAGACGUGCGAUUACUUUGUACGAGAAUUUUUCAAUGAAACUUGUUGAA